AUGAUAAAGGUUUUGCAGUAUAACAACCCUCAAAGUGCCAGUGUCUUUCUACCACCACCAGAGGAUUCCCAGGACAGUUCGGAUGGCAUCCCAUCUGCACCCCGCAUGACGGGCAGUCUGGUGUCCGACCGCAGCCACGACGACAUCGUCACCCGGAUGAAAAACAUAGAGUGCAUAGAGCUAGGACGUCAUAGACUGAAGCCCUGGUACUUUUCACCGUACCCGCAGGAACUCACCACAUUGCCCAUCCUCUACCUCUGUGAAUUCUGUCUCAAGUACCUCAAAAGCCUGAAGUGUCUCCAGAGGCAUUUGACAAAAUGUAAUCUAAGACAUCCGCCAGGCAACGAGAUCUACCGCAAAGGCACCAUCUCAUUCUUUGAGAUUGACGGCAGGAAAAACAAAAUGUAUUCCCAGAACCUGUGUUUACUUGCAAAGUGUUUCCUGGACCACAAAACCUUGUAUUACGACACAGACCCUUUCCUCUUCUAUGUAAUGACAGAGUAUGACUCCAAAGGCUUCCACAUAGUGGGCUACUUCUCUAAGGAAAAAGAGUCAACUGAAGAUUAUAACGUUGCCUGCAUCCUGACCUUGCCUCCUUACCAGCGGAGAGGCUAUGGCAAACUGCUCAUUGAGUUCAGUUAUGAGCUGUCCAAGGUAGAAGGGAAAACAGGCACUCCUGAGAAGCCCCUUUCUGACCUCGGCCUUUUGUCCUAUCGCUCCUACUGGUCCCAGACCAUCUUGGAAAUUCUCAUGGACCUUAAACCUGACAAUGGAGAAAGGCCGCAGAUUACCAUCAAUGAGAUCAGUGAGAUCACAAGUGUAAAGAAAGAAGAUGUCAUUUCAACGCUUCAGUACCUCAACCUCAUCAACUAUUACAAGGGUCAGUACAUCCUGACUCUUUCAGAGGACAUUGUGGAUGGGCAUGAAAGAGCGAUGCAGAAGAGACACUUGCGCAUUGAUCCAAAAUGCCUUCACUUCACACCUAAGGACUGGAGCAAGAGGGGCAAGUGGUAGAGUCCCAGCCUGGUUUACUGAAAACACUCCCCAACCGCCAGAUAGCAGACUCAAAGCAAGUGGUGGAUCAAGUAAAGGUUUUUGUCGAGCUAUGGCAUUGAGAACAUCGAAACCUUUUUGAACCCAGGACUCCUCUUCAGAUAAGAAACAAGGAACAUAAAUUGUCACCUGAGAUGCAUAACACUUUUAUUGUGAAUAUUCAUUAUAUAUUGUGCGUUUAUAAAGCUGUUUGUCUGGGGACAAAAGAGAGACUGGUUAACAGUGACUCCGCCAAAAAAUCCAACACACCUUCUACUGUGUAAAAGAUCCUGUUUAUGACCGACGGUGCGUUAAAAGUGACAUAAGGUGUCUGUUUAAUAGUGUAAAUUAAAUGCUAAGAUGGCAAACAUACAGACCACCUAAUAAAAGCAAGAUGUUGGUUUUAUAGAUAAUCGUUUGAGUUCUACAGUGAGUUGCCUCAUUUUCACGAGUCUGCAUUCUGUAAAAACCACAACCGGGAUUUCUUUUCCUUAAAUUCAAAAAGGAAAGUGGUUUUGUUUGUUGUUCCUAGCUUUGGCCAAGACAAACAUAAGUGUUAUUGUCUAAAUCCUUUGUUUCUGCCACACACAGAAGAGUUAAAAUGUUGUCAUCAGAAUAAUUUAUCACUUUAGUUUUUCACACAACUCGUAUUUAAGAAACCGUUCUUGACGGAAAAUAUACUUUUAGCAUUUAUUAAACAAUUGGACAACUAAUGUCUGAACAGCACUCCACUUUUUAAUCAUCACUUUCUACUUUUGAGUAGUGACUUGUACAAAGUGUACAGGCUUCAAAACAUCUCAAGUGCAUCUUCCUAGAUACACAAGUUUAAAUGUUUAGCCACUGAUACACAGGCUGUUUACAUUUACAUACACAUUUAACAGUGACUCAGUGAGAUAUGUAUAGUUUGUAAACAAGGAAAAAGUAUAAGGAAUCCAAUAUUCAGGUCCGUUUUGGUAGUUUGAUACCUGCCCAUUCAAAUUUUCAUUUCAACAGUCAUUUUCAUUUUAUUGUGAUUUUCCUCGAGUGCCUGAAUUUUAAUGUCCAAACUAAUGGAGAACAGAAAUGUCCUACUGGUUUCCUGUUAGAGGCUUUAGGUUAUUAGUCUCAACUAAUGAAUGAAAAUUUUCUUGUAAAAUUAACUAUUUAAAAUGUUUGGAUGCAGACAGAAAAUUCUAAAUAAGACAUGAAGACUUACAGUUAUAAUGUUUCUUAAGAACCAACAUGGUCACUUCAGGUUUGUUAUCUUUUACAGUAGUAGCUUUAGUUGGACAGAUUUAUGAUCUACUUUUUUGGGGGGGAUGAUCAUUCAGGGGAAUAUUUCAAACUUUUUUCACAUAAUCCCCUGCCAUGACCAUCUGUACAGUGUGCAAAGAGACAAAUCAAUUCCCCAAGUUAAACAUGUUCACUGUACCCGUACAUACUGAACCUGAUUGUAAAAAAAAAAAAAAAAGAAAGCUUAGAAGACAGAAGCCAUGUUGAACUGUUAGAGGAAUGUAAAUUAUGUGUACAGUUGUCUUUUUUUUUUUACUUAAUCUAAACUGGCAGCACAAUAUCAACAGGAAAAGACAAAAGUAAUAUCUUUCGUUCAGUUAGUGUUUUAUGUUUACGUGUCAGUGUCACACAGGAUGUUGAAUUGACCCUGUUGAGAUGAUUUAGUGUAUCUUCAGUGAAACACAGUUGAGUUUGGUAUGAAAGGCUUGUUGAAUUGAUAAAAAAACAUCUUGAAAACCUUAA